AUGGCUUCCGAAUUUCCUUCCGAAUUCGCACAACUUGCCCUUCUUAUCAACGAGUAUGGCCCUGAGGAUCCCCUCCGGCAAGACGCUAAUCGACCUCCAAAGUCCACCUUUGACGGUGGUGCGGAUGGUUCGUCAGAAUCCCCUGCUCCGGGACCCUCUGAUGAUGGUGCGCAAGGUUCUUCAGACCCUGCCCCAGGAUCUGUUGAAGACACCUACCGGUACGCCGAGCUUCGACGGGACGGGUCUCACUGCCAGAAGAUGAUUGCUGACCCUAGAGUGGCGUGCGGAAUCCCACGAAUCACUCUGACCGCUGAUGACCUUGAAUCCCACCAAUGGUCGCACACUAGGCGUCCCAUCGGCCUGCCAUCUAGCUACUCAGCGGACGCGUUGAUCGCUCUUGGACUUCCAAUCAUUGGUUAUGAAUACAUCACAAUGGACUUGUGGAAGGAUACUGGCUCACUAUGUAUUCUCUGGAAGGGCCGCGUUGCGAAGGGCGUUCUUUUCAUUGAGGAGCUCCUUCGAAUCGGGUCUGGACCUUGGUCCUCGGAGUUGUGCAAGGUUGCUUAUGAGCAGGUUGCUGAAUUGUCUACUCUUAGUACCAUCUUCGUGACCCAUGUUAUUAAUAGUGAAACGCAACCUUUUGCGCGGACGCUCUGGCAGGGACCUGGGGUGAGGGAGUUUCCUUGGGGAAGUCGAGGGUAUCAGACCUUGUUGGGAACUCGGAUAGGUAAGGUUAUUGCUUAUUUUAUUCUUGGUGCUUUUGGCCAGGGUGUUAAGCGGAUUAGGCGCAUUGCUAUUUGGUGGGCUGGCUUUCGGGCUCUGGAGCUGCAAAUGCGCUUUGAUAUUGAGGAUAUUCCGGCGACUACGGAUUGA